UUAAUUGGUGUAAGCAAGUGAUUUUUUAAUCGCACAAACGCUUGAAAAGAAGCAUUUGUAGAAAAGCGUAACAAAGACUCAGAACAACAUUGACUAGUCGUGAAAAACAGCCUCCUGUUUGUUUGACAUUAAAGCAGGAUAUAUCCAAAGUCAGAAUGGACUGGCCUGGUAGAUGGAGUCAUGUCCAGAAGUUGCUGGAGAGGAGUGGACCAUUCGCUCACCCUGAGUUUGAGCCAAGCACAGAGAGUUUGAAGUUUAUUCAGGACACAUGUAAAAUUCUAGUUAUUGGAGCUGGAGGCCUGGGGUGUGAGCUUCUCAAAGAUUUAGCAUUGCUGGGUUUCCAAAACAUUGAUGUAAUCGACAUGGACACCAUUGAUGUCUCCAACCUCAACAGACAGUUCCUGUUCAGGGCAAAGGAUGUGGGUCGAUCUAAAGCUGAGGUGGCGGCGGAGUUUGUCAACAAGAGAGUACCAGGAUGUAAAGUGACCCCUCACUACUGUAAAAUUCAGGACUUUGAUGAAUCUUUCUACAGAAAGUUCCAUAUUGUGGUGUGUGGAUUAGAUUCCAUUGUUGCCAGGAGAUGGAUAAAUGGAAUGUUGAUCAGUAUGCUGCAGUAUAACGACGGAGAACUCGACCCCAGCUCUAUAGUCCCCAUGGUAGACGGAGGUACAGAGGGAUUCAAAGGCAACGCAAGAGUUAUCCUCCCUGGAAUGACAGCGUGUGUGGAGUGUACUCUGGAUCUAUAUCCACCACAGGUGAAUUUUCCUUUGUGUACGAUCGCCCACACUCCACGCUUGCCCGAACACUGCAUCGAGUACGUCCGGAUCCUUCUGUGGCCCAAGGAGGAACCAUUCGGUAGUGGGGUGAGUAUUGACGGGGACGACCCUCAUCACAUUAAGUGGAUCCUGGAGAAAUCCAUAGCGCGAGCUAACGAGUACAACAUCAAGGGAGUUAACUACAGACUGACUCAGGGUGUUGUAAAGAGAAUUAUCCCAGCUGUGGCAUCUACCAACGCAGUAAUAGCAGCUGCUUGUGCGACAGAAGUGUUCAAAAUAGCCUCAAGUUGCUGUUUACCAUUGAAUAAUUACAUGAACUUUAACGAUACUGCAGGGAUCUAUACGUAUACGUUUGAAGCCUCCAAAAAGGAGGACUGUGUGGCCUGCACCAACAUCCCCCAGGUCCUGUCCUUCUCCGAGAACGACAAACUUCAGGACGUGGUCACCUACCUGGUGGAGAGCGCCCUCUACCAAAUGAAGUCUCCAGGGAUCACAACCUGCAUAGCAGGCAAGAACAAAACUCUGUACAUGCAGACAGUUAAAUCUAUAGAACAGCGAACAAAGGAAAAUCUCAAGAAGACCCUAAAAGAAUUGGGUCUAGCAGAUGGACAAGAACUGUACGUAGCUGACCCCACGACCCCUUCAUCCUUGACCUUUAAACUCCAACUGGGUUCAAAUAUGGAGUGAUGCCAUGUGACAUUUCUGCUGGUUGUCAUUUGACAGUGUCAUGUGACACUAAACAGUGCAAUCAAACAACAAUUAUUCUGUGCUUUGUGAAUUCUAUUGAGGAGACAUUCUGUGAACUGUAAGCUAUUGAGGAGACAUUCUGUGAACUGUAAGCUUGUGAAUUCUAGUGAGGAGACAUUCUGUGUAAGCUUUCAUUUUAGUGUUGCCAGUGGAACAAUAUUUUGACAUUAAAGUGAAUAAAAUUAUGACAUUACUCAUUAAUGACCUCUGAAAUGUUGGAUAUAGAAUAUUAUAGAAUAUUUUUGUUGUUUCCGUAUGGGCAAAUAUUAUUACAGAUUAGUGAAGGUUUUUAAUAACUUAAAUCCUAAUGAAAUGCUUAUCAUAUACAUGUAUGCUUGUAUCGAUUACUGCAUUUGUUGUUUCUGAAUGAAAUAUCCAAUUGAAAAUGUCAAUUAUUUCCUAAAACACUUCACUACAUUAAGUGGUUAAUAACAUAUUUCCACAUCAU